GCCAAAGGAGGCCUCAUGCGAAACCGGGUCGGCUAAACCGUGACAUGGCGAGAGAAUUCGAUGGAUGAGUCGGGCGAGGCUGCCAGCAAAGACGCCGACUCCAAUGACUCCUCCAGCGAUUCGGAGAGCGACUCCUCGUCAGAGUCUCGAGAGGAGAAGGUGGAGGUGAAGGCGGAGGAGCCCGUGGUAGAGCCAGUUCGCGCGGAGGAAGAGGAGGGGGAGGAGGAAGAGGAGGAGCUGGACAAUGCAUCGCCCAGCAAGACUCAGCUGAUGACGGAACGCCAACAGCGGAAGGCGGCGAGCAGGGACCUCAGCAGGUCCUUCACCGCGGGGCUGAUGCCUCUGGACGUCGAGGACGAGGACGAAGCAGAGGCGGAGGAUGUGUCUCCGGAGGUCCUCGAGAGUGCUAGGUCGGAGCAGGAGGCGGAGGAGGCGGAGGUGCCGCGCAGGUGCUGCCCCCGGUUGCGGGCCCGCGUGCGCUGCUUUCGCUGCUGCCGCUGCGAGCGCGGCAGCGAGCUGCUGCUGCGAUCGGCGGACGCCUGGUCGAGGUUCCAGUGGCGCUGCAAGGCGUUGGCCUGGUUCCUGCGCUGCCUUUGCUGCCCGCUGCUUUUCCUGCUCUGGCCCUGCUGCCGUUGCCCCAAGCGCCCGAAGCAAGCACCAGCCCCGCGGCUUUCCACUCGCGCGCGGAGCAGCGUGGGGUUUGGCGCCGGCCGCAGCAGCAGCCGACUCGGUGGGGCUUUGGGCCGCAGCAGCAGUCGACUCGGCGGGCCCUUGGGCCGCAGCAGCAGCCGCUUGGCCCGCGGCGGCAGCGCGGCUCUAGGCCGGAGCCGGUCCGCGCGCUUUGAGGAGCCCAAGAUACAGACCCGGAGCCGGAUGAAGGAGGUCAAGCCGAGGGCGGAGGCACAGCUUGCGGGUCCCGUGGUGGAGAAGAAGAGUACGGCGCGGGAGCAGUUCCGGGACCAGCUGCGAAAGCAGAAGACGGAGGCCCUGGACGCGGAGGAGCUCGAAGGCUGGGAGGCCUUGACCUGGCGGGACUUCCUGCCGUGGAACUGGGAGGACACCUUCGAGGUGUGGAAGGAGUCCCGGGUGAAGAUGUGGCAGGAGCUCGAAGUGUGCCUGAGCAAGAUGGAGAUGGCGGAUGAAGACGAGGACCGUUUAUCCAGAUGGGCCCGGCGCCGGUGGCGCGUCUUCCUCUUCGCGUACUGGGAUCCUUUCGUGGACGCCUUCCCGAGCUUCGAUCGGAUCUUCAGGGCCUUCUUGUGGAGCCUCCUGCUUGUGCCCAUCAGCAUGUUCGCGGCGUCCAGCACGUUCCUGGCGUCGAGCUUGCUGCGGAACAUGGACUACGUGGAGGGCAGGUGCCAGAUCGAGUCGCUGCCCUCCUCCUUCGUCACGGAGCGCGGGGUGGAGAGCCAGGUGCUCGGCACCUACUUGAUACGUCGCUUCUUCGGGGGCAGCGCGGACCGUUUGGAGGGCUACGUGCUGCAGCCCUGCGAGAUCAAAGUGCUCUGCGACCAGGAUCUGCAGGGGCCAAACGACAGGUGCGAGAGCUUCAAGAUGUGGGCUUGGCGGGAUCCCAUCACCUGCUUCUACCACCAGGAGGAUGAGUACGGCCUGCAAAACCGCACCCUGCUGUGCCUGGCGAGACCCAGCGGCCUCCAGGAGGAGAUCUUCGGCGUGAUCAUCAGCGGCUGCGCGCUGAUGGUGGCGGCGCUGGUGGUGGUCUUCGUCUUCCUGCGCCGGGCCUACGACAGGCGAAACGCCAAGAAGUUUCAGGCGGAGGUGGACGAGCAGGUCGAGAAGGAUCGAGUGGAGGCUGACAAAGUGGCAGCCAAGCAGUACGAGGAGUUCCAAAAGCAGGAGCAGAUGCAGCAGCAGCAGCAAGAGGGCGAAGAUGAGGACCAGGACAUGGAGGGCUUGGUGUGGACCUCGGAGAAGACGGGCCACUCCUUCGUGAGCAAGGUCACCCGGCAGACCACCCGGUCGCAGUUCCAGUCCGAAGCUCUCGGGAACCGCUCCCAAACCUUCCGCUCGGAGAGGUCAGGGAUCUCACGGUGAAGGUGGCUUUUGUAAGCACCAAAGGGUUUUCAGCGCAGCUCCGGUGGGUACCACAAACAAUUGGACA